UAUCUCGUUUAUUUACUAAGAUAUGGGGGGUGGUAAGUUUUCAAAUUGUCACCCUGUAUAUCAAUAAACCCAAUAUAACCUCCAAAUUUUAACACGUGUGUUUGUUGUGGUUUUACUAAACUAAUCACAAUGCAAGUUUCAGAUCCAAAUAAUGUUAAAAUUUAUAAUUUGAGUGUGGGAAAAUCAUUACCCGAGUGGCUAUCGGAGAGAAAACGCAGAGCAAUACUUAAAAAAAAUGUGGAUAUUCGAAAACGUAUUGAACUUAUUCAAGAUUUCGACAUGCCAGGAGUCAGUACAUCGAUACGUAUCUCCCAAGAUGGUGAAUACGUUUUAGCAACUGGCAUAUACAAACCCCGUGUGAAAUGUUUCGAUGUUAAUAACUUAUCUUUGAAAUUUGAAAGGUGCUACGAUGCAGAGGCGGUUACGUUUGAGAUUUUAAGUGAAGAUUAUAGCAAAUUAGUUUUUUUACAAUGUGAUCGAUACUUGGAAUUUCAUUCUGCACAAGGACGUUAUCAUAGAUUACGAAUACCUAAAUUUGGGAGGGAUAUGAAAUUCCAUUCACCCAGUUGUGAUUUAUUUAUUGUCGGCGCCUCAUCAGAUGUGUACAGAUUAAAUUUAGAAAGAGGACAGUUCUUGUUACCUUUUUCUUCAAAUGCUACAACCAUCAAUAAAUGCGCAAUUAAUUCUGUACAUCAUCUGUUAAUAUGCGGGACACAAGAAGGUCACGUCGAAGCAUGGGAUCCGAGAAGUAAAACUAUGGUUGGCUCCCUUGAUUGUGCAUUCAAUUGUAUUUCUGAAAAUAAGAGCUUGGAAGGGUUUCCUUCAGUUACGGCUUUAAAAUUUGAUGGAGCAUUGACCAUGGGGGUUGGUACAGCAACUGGGCAAAUUUUAUUGUAUGAUAUACGUUCCAACAAGCCAUUUUAUAUUAAAGAUCAUAUGUAUGGGAUGCCUAUAAAAGAUGUAGAAUUUCAUUUUCAACAAGACCUUGUGUUUUCAAUGGAUUCUUCCAUACUCAAAGUUUGGAAUAAGAUCAAUGGACAAUUGUUUACAUCUAUAGAGGCAACAUCUGACUUUAAUAACCUGUGCACUGUGCCCGGAACUGGAUUAUUUUUCCUAGCAAAUGAAUGUCCAAAAAUUCAAACAUAUUAUAUCCCUAGCUUAGGUCCAGCUCCGAAGUGGGCCAGUUUCUUGGACUCUUUAACUGAGGAAUUGGAAGAAAGUAAUCGAGAGAAUGUGUACGAUGAUUAUAAAUUUAUAACAAAAACAGAAUUAGAAUCUUUGGGCUUAGAACAUUUAAUUGGAACAAAUUUACUGAGGGCAUAUAUGCACGGCUAUUUUAUGGAUAUUCGUCUUUAUAAAAAGGCAAAAUCUGUAGUCAAUCCAUUUGAGUUUGAAGAGUAUCGUAAGAAGAAAAUUAGAGAUACUAUUGAAAAGGCACGUGAGAAUCGUGUUAUAUUGAACAAACUUCCAAAAGUAAAUAAAGACUUGGCAUUGAGGCUUAUGGAUGGUCAAAGAAGUGAGAAAAAGAAGAUGCAGAUUGGUACUAGUAAUCUCUUGACUGACAGCCGAUUUAAGGAUCUUUUUAAUAAUCCUGACUUUGAAAUUGACAAAACCACAGAGGAGUUUAGACUAAUUAAUCCAAUUCUCGCAAAAAUAGAAAUCAACAAACAGAAACAGUUGAAAAAGAAGUUAGACAAAACACAAGAAUUUCAACCAGUGCAGGAGGAACGUGAAGGUAAAAAUAGUUCGGAAGAGUCAUCAGAUUCAGAAGAGAGUUCGGAUGAUGAACAUACCUGGACCAAGGAAACCAAUCAACACAGUACCAAGCAGAAAGGACACUCAGACAAUUUACCAAAACAACCAAAAAUGUUUGAACUUCGACAGGGGGAAGUCUACAAGGGUAUCCAGAUGUUAAAUCAUAAAAAAAAUAGAUCCGCACUAGGAGAACGUUUGGCUAGUGAAGAUACAUCUGUUAGAUUAUUGGGUUCGGUGGGUAAUCGGGAAUUAACGUUCACAUUAAAUAAAUAUAAAAGACACGAAGAAAUCGUAAAGAAAAACAAACAGCACAGAGAGGAAAGAAAAAAAUUAGUGCGAUUAGUACCUGGUAUUAAACACACGAAUGCACCAUUUUGGAAAGUUAAAGGAAAGAGAAAAUUGUUAUCUACACAAAGGAGAUUGGGGGACAUAAAAUGUGUAUCUAGAGAGAGAGAAGUUAUGGAUGUACCGGAGGAUUUAAAAACGGACCACGACCAUGCACGAACAGAUGUUAAUCCCUCCUCGUCAUUUUAUUUAACCUUAUCGGAAGAUGAUAUAGCGGACGCGCCGUUCCUCGAUGGGCCAUCACAUUUAAGUGUGACUGCAGUAUUAAAUUAUUGCAAAUUAAAAAUUCUCCGUCCGUAUUUGAGACUUUUAAGCAUAACUGGAUUGAGAUCUUUAGCUGUCGAUCAAGUAGAGUCUUGCACAUUAUGGUAUAUACUCGGCUUGUUUUACACAAUUCAAGUUAUUAUACUUAUGUGUAUUGGUUAUUUACUUCAAUAUAUGGCCUGUUUUCGACGAGAUCGAGGGUUCUGUUACAAGAUAUUUAAUACUAGUGAACCACUUCUUAAAAGUAUGGAACAAGAUAUUACUCAACUUAAUAGUGAAAAGUAUGAGCAGAUUUGUCACGGUUCUGUGAUAUUUAGUUAUAUCAUUCCAAGUGUUCUACAUUUAUGUGCUUAUUUGUUUGGCGUGUAUACGUUUCGAUCAUCAGAAAAUGACCAGUUGCCGAGCUUAAUGGAAAGGGUCUUUUUGGCAUCGUCUCAUCUUUCGGAUGGAUUUUUAAGCCAAAAAAAAUUAGUAAAACUACUGUGGAUCUUUGUAGGUCUGGGAGUCAUCUGGAUGUUACUCUCCUUUAUGUCGGUUAACUUUAUGAUGUUUGAUGGUACAAUUCUUUUUCGAUGGUUUGAAAAUCGGUCGAAAGCGGUAAUAGUGACGAUGAAAGUAAUGCUAAUAGUAGGCACGCUAUGGCACGAUAUAAUACAAGCUACCGUAAUUUCGAGUUAUUGCUUGCAAGCGCAAUUGCUGACAUCGUAUUUACAUUUUUUAAGAUCUAAACUUUUACAACAUCCCAUUCAAUCAAUUGAAUGGAUGAGGGAAAUAUCCGAAUUUAAAAAGUUACUGAAAUAUUUAAACGAAAAUUUAUCAACGUCUGCUUGCGUUUUUAUCUUUAUAAAUAUUUGUUGGGCCCUAUCUGGAACUCUAUGGCUGUUGGGUUACGAUCAUAUUGAUUUCCAGACGCUUCCUAUUAGUGUGAUAAGCAUUUUAAACGUUUGUUUGUGGUGGACGUUAAUUUUAGCACCAUUUAUACAGGCGGCAAGAUUGACGAGUGCUUGCAAGUUAAUCAAAACAGUCGGUCACGAAGUAAGAGCACGUCCGUUUGUGCAUCAGGGAACACCCGGAAGCGAGUUGGACACAAUUCUGCUUUAUGCUUCGAGUUUGGAUAUGAGUGCAACUUUGUUUAAAAUCCCAAUAACAGGAAGAGCAUUGGCUUUCGGUGUGACUGUUUUAGCCGUUUCUGUUCUUGUUAUUGGUCAGUGUCAUUAUUUAACAGCUUAAGUGUAUAUUAUCUGUGAUUAGAAAUGGAAUUAUUUUUCAUUUAAAUUUGAUUAAAGUUAUUUAAUUGUUAAA